AGCAGUUUAUAUAUUGUAUUAUUGGAACUAGCUAAAUGGGUAUUCGUUUUGCAAAAUUAAAAAUUAAAGUGAGCUGAGGGGAGGAAAGGGCACGCCAUUCGAAAUAGGGGCCGGGCAACUGGGACUGGAGGCAGGAGCUCAUUGCAACUUCACUUGGGGUGAGUAUUUACAAUCGUAACAUUCAGAUGUGUUACGCAAUGAAGGUAAACAUUUACAAAUGAAGUAUAAAUUUUAUUGGAUUGUGCGCUGUGAAGAUGACCUUAUGUUUGAAAGGUUAGUUCCUUCUGCUUUUCCCGGAACCAUUGCAUCAGAUGAUAAGUGAAUACUGCGGAGGAGCGUGAGUUUCCAAUGUUUCGGGAAAUGGUUGCAGCAGCGCGAAAAGUUUGAGGUACGGUUGGUUGAAAGUUUUGAGACACCGUUGCCGCUAAAAAGUUUUAAAGAAAUUAGAGAAGAUAGAAUGGCUUCGAGAGAGAUGCACCGAUGGGAACAAAAAAAGGAGCUUUAUGCUCUCUUUGAAGGCAAGAUCGAAACAGCUGUUAUCGACAUGGUAUUCGGUGGCUGUAACGAUCAAGUUGAAGACGCUAAAAAGGCCUUGUCAAGCAUGUGUUUGAUGCCAGAAGACAGCAGCGAUGUAAAGAUUAUUGAAUCAACUGCCAAGGGUUUUCCUUCUGACACUGAAAUGGAAGAAGCUCCUAGAAAUAAACAGAAAACCAUGUUCAUCCUAAGGGGACUUCCAGGCAGUGGAAAAUCCUAUUUAGCAAAUCAACUGAAGCAAUAUGGAGAUACCAUUCUAUCAACAGAUAACUUCUUCAGAGCUGGAAAAGGAUUCGAAUUUAGAGGAGACCAGCUUCAAGAUGCCCAUGAUUGGAACCUUGCAUGUGCAAGAUCAGCAAUGCGAAGGGAAGAUGUCAAUAACAUUUAUAUUGACAACACUAACACUCGUAGCUGGGAGAUGAAACCAUAUGUCUUGGCUGCGUUAAACCAUGGGUAUAACGUCGAAUUUCUGAUGCCACAAACUCCAUGGGCCUGGAAUAUCAAUGAACUUGAAAGGAGAAACACUCACGGUGUUCCAAAAGGGACUCUGCAGAAAAUGCUGGAUCGGUUUGAAAAAGACGUCACUGUAGAAAAAGUACUAGCUUCAGACAAAGCCGAGCCCCAGGCAUUUCGGCCGUUCGAAAAGCAAAUUCAUCUUUCCGAAAGAAGCAGAAGGGCGCUGGAAACGAAAGCUGUGUCUUCAUUUGAUUCAAGGGUAGCAGCUCCAUUUUCGAAAAAUGCUCUGCUAGAUGAAUUUUCAAACGUAGUGGACCAUCAAUUGGAGAACGACUUGAGGGUGUCCUCAAUAGCGACGCAAGAGACAGAAACUCGUGGAAAACCACAGUAUGAAAUCAAUCCAUCAUUGUUGCCACGUAGAAGUGAAGAUUUUCCUGUUGUUACUUCUGAGAUGGUCAUUGACGAUAAUUUCGAUGCUGAACUUGACUUAGCGUACACAAGUAUGAAUUCAAAGGGCGAUAAGCUAGCGGAAUACGAUGAUAAGGAUUUUGAAAUUGGCAUGUCAAGAUUACAACGUGAAAGUUCCCCAUUAGUUCAACAAUCAAAGUAUGGAGCUAAAAACUCAAGGACUGAAAAUCCUAUUGUUCGGUCUAGAAAUGAGAAACCAGAAUCCAGAGAUAACAGCCCAAAAGCUGGCCUACCACCCUCUGUCAUGAACGAGACUGAUCUUAACUUUCUUCUUGAAUGCUUUCCAGAUUAUGAAAAUGACGUUCUAAAGUCUGUCUUCAUGAGGUUCGAUGGAGAUAUCCAACGAACUUGUAACGAAAUUAUGGAGCAGCCACUCGUAAAAAUGAGUGCUUUUGACCGUCUGCAAAGCAUUAAUAAAAGUUUUAUUGAUGACAAAGAGAAAGUUGAGUUUGAAGAAGAUGUGUCUGAGCAAACAAAAGGAGGUCCAGUUUUCUUGCAUGUUAAACCCCAGGUCGACUCCGCUCAGAAAUUUGGCAACUUUGCUAUUUGUCUCGACAAAACAUUUGUGAUUGAAAUGAAGAGAAUUCUGGGGGAAGGAGAUAUAUUUGAGGACGAUGAUUUCGACUUUCCUGUGGAUGCCAAAUUUGCUAAUCAAAUUUAUCAACAGUGGCAGCGUCAUUGCAAGGCUAAACGGAAGAGAUUAGAAAAUGAAACCAUGAAUGAUGAAGGAAAGCAUCUUAGGAUAGAGGAGGCCGUACAUCAACGCCCGAAAAGGCCUUGCAGUUCUGAAAAGGUGCCAAGCGUGCUUGAAGAAGCACGGAAUGAAGAUAGGGAACGACUAAAAGGGUCUUUCAGUCCAUGGGCCAUAUCAAAACCUCCAGGAAUAACGAUUGAUCAUAAACUUCAGGAGCCGCGUAAGCCAAUUUGGGACUCUAGUUUUGAGCGCUCGGAAAACAGACUGUACACUCUAUUCCCGACAGUGGAAAAAGACGUUCUGGACAAUAUCUAUGAAGCCAUGGGCAAUGACGUCGAGGCGGCAAUCCAAGCCGUUAAGGCUUCUUUGAAUUACCAAGAACAGAAUAAAAAGGCGAGUGGUAGCGAAAGAAAAGCAGAGCCACCCAGGCCCCCUGAAGAAACUAGGACAGGGUUUGUACCAGUUAGAACAAUGGUAGGAAAAGACACAGUUAUAAGACUUAAACCUGAAUCUGAACCAAUGUUAGAGGAAGGGCGCAUUGCGUCACCCGUCCCUGUUGCAGACGAUAAGUGGACGGUAGUGCAAGGAAAGAACACAAACUAUGUGGAUCUUACUACUGUUGCGGACGAUGAUAAUUUCCAGUCAUUGAGUGGGACAUCUUACGCAGAUUAUCGUGCGGAGGCGCAAGCCCACGCAGCUAUCAGGAAGGAAUGGCUUCGCAAGGCCGCACAAGCUUAUCAAAAUAAGCAAGUGCACGUUUGGUCCUACUGCGCAGGCGAGGCUCGCAAGCAGGCAGAUUUAAUGAAGGAGGCCAAUGGAAGAGCUGCUGCUUUGAUCUUUGAAAAGAAAAAUACAACCCUGACUGAUCCAACUUCGAUUGACCUGCAUGGCUUGCACUGCGAUGAGGCCGUGGAAAUGCUGGAAGAAACAUUGUCCCAAGCAAUGCAACGUAAAAUGCGAUACAUUGACAUUGUAACUGGGCGUGGCUCCCACAGCAGAGGCAAGGUCCCAAGGGUAAAGAAUUCGGUCAUGAAUUAUCUCAAAGCCAAUGGAUUUAGGUUCGCUAAGGUAAACGAUGGCUGCCUCAGAAUUUUGUUGUGAUAACGGAGUCUAUUCUAGAUCACCGGCGGCCUAUGCGACUGCGAUCAGCUUGGUGCCACCGGAACCCGUUACUAUGGAGCAAUUGAUGCAAAAAUCCUUAUGCUGGUGCCCUAUUUGCCAAUGUACCCGUCUAGUUAAGUUGGCUGCGUCCUGGGAAUGAAAUAUCUUAGCCAUGACUUCCGGAAAGAGAGCUUCCACUUCACUUUAAUUAUGGGGUCUUUGCAUGUAUAUAAGGGAGGCUCAUAGUAUUUCUAAAGGCGGGCUAUUAAAAUAGGCAUCUCAAAGUAGGCAAACGAUGUACAUAGUAUAGAUAAUGGAAUUGUAAAUAGUCUGUAAAUAGCCAGUAAUUUUGGUUUAUCCAGAGUCAAUCUUUUGAUUUGAUCACGUGCAUAGCAUGUACACGGUCACUUGCGUUUGAGAAAGAGACUAUAUUCUCUAAGAUUUUUGUAACAUUCAAAAUUGCUUUUGACUAAUACUUUUGUGGCUAACUAAUACAUGUUUGUGACAAAUUAUUUUAAGAAUAACUUGAUUUUAAAAAUUGAAGUGUCAAUGACACUAAAUAGAUUCUCACAAUUGUUAUGAAGAUUAACCAAAUUUCAGAGUGUUUUUCUCCUACAAUAGUUGAUUUAUGGUUAUUUUUUAAACAAAUCUAUUUUCCAAGCCAUAACUUUUAAACUGCAAAAACAACUAUGUUUUUGCUGUUAAGAGCUAUUUGCACUCAUAAUAUGAUUUUCAAGUUCGUUUUAUCAUAUCACACGAAAAAAGUCCGUUACAACACAUAGACCUUUAAAAUCUUUGCAAAAAAUAUGGUUUUCAAGAAAAGGUCGAACAUUAUCUCUCAUGUUUUUAAAGCUAAAUGAAACACAGCUUCUUUCUUCUUGAAUUCACAAUCUCAUUCGUUGGUAAUUCUCUUGUGAGAACUCUCCAACAAAUUUUUCGGACGUGAAGAACCAUGCUUGCAAUUCAAAAAUUAGGCUUCUUUACUCUAAAGUCUGUCACACUUCGUAGAAUUUUCCUAGGUACACAUCUACAUAUAAAUAGCAGUUCUUCACAAGUUUACAUUUUUGAACAUCUGAAGGAGUCAAAAUUUACAAUCUUAAGUUCCAAGAAUAUAUUUUAAAGUACUUUAUGAUUCUGUCUUCUGCUCAGUUACAUAUAGCAAAAAUUAUCGCCAGCCUAACUUUGAAGGGAAAGUUUCAUUUUAUCGCAGGUAGAAAAAUGAUUCCGUCACUAGAAUGUUUGAGCCUCGUUAAUCCCGUUGAAUUAUACAUUAUUAAUUAGAAUUUCAAAAUAUCUUACAGCGCAAACUUUAUUUUCUAGAUUACUUUCUAGUUAAAAAUGGUGAAAUAUCAUAUUGUUUCAACGCUUUGAGAUAAACUUUGAAAGGUAAUUUUGCGCACAAGAUGCUAGCUUAUUAAUGAUCUUAUUUCGGCUCACUUAUCGCUCAUUAGUGUUAUUCUCUUGUCAAUAACAAAAUAAGUAUUCUUUCAUUACUAACUCUGCUUUGUUGUUUCAAGAGCUGGCCCUCAAAAAGCGGCAUCACAAAUUUCUUUGCAAGGCUGCUUGCGAUUUGGCUCUAAUAUUUAAUCAAUAGACUCCGUCUCGUAACCGAAGGGCUUAACUUUAAAUGAAAAGACAACAAGUAGUUUUUCUGUAAGCUCCCCUGUAUGUUAUAAGCUGUAUCAACUGUAUAAGCAGCUGGCAGCUGUAUUAGGCCGCUGUUUAACCAAAUGCCUAUAUUCGAGUAGGCAUUGUUCUACUCGCGUCAUAAAUAUUUGCUCCUGAAAUGGAGGUAUUUUCGUUGAUAGUAUAAUUCUUUCAUUGCAGUUUAGCAAUAACGAAAAUGAUAUAUGCUUAAACUUAUUUUCAAUACUCUAAACACCCUAGCGGGUGUAUCCAGCUAAAAUGAAACAUGUUAGAAAACAUCAAAAUGUGAAGUAUCUCAUUUAGGAGUCUGAAUGAGAACAAUAUCGUCUUUAUCUAUGUCAUCAUCGGUAUAUUUCAUGUUAUAUAUUACAUGUUAUAUAUUAUAUGUUAUAUGUUUCAUGCCUUUUUCUAAAAGUCAGGGGUGCCACUGACCAUAGCUUAUCUCCGCAGAAUAGCUGCGCACGAGUUUAAAAGUGGAGAGGCUGAAAAGAGUGUGCCCAAAAGAUUUAUCAGGCCACGCCUUCUAGAACGCCGAAAAACGCCCCUUAGAUAGUACUUGCUUGUUUCUACUCAAUUUUUAUAAACAUCCUGGUGCAGAGAAGAUAUCAAUAACUAUAAAAUGGAUAAAUUUAGCUUGAGGGUAAUAAAACACCAAGCUAACAAAGAACUGCUACAACAUAGGAGUAAACUAACUAAAAUUGCGUUAGAGAAAACCUUCAAAAGUUUUCUAACCUAUUAUUACAAAGAAGUGAGGGGGCUAUAGCCCCUGCUAGCCCAAUGGCUGCGCGGAGCCUGGGCUCAACACCCCUACCCUUUCAUUUUGAAUUGAAUGUCAGUCGUGCUGUUAAAAUAUAAUACCACAGUUACUAAGCAGCAAAUUUUUUACCGCCGAGCCGCUUUGUCACAUGAGGAACAAAACUUGCCAACCGCUUACCGCUUUGCCAACUUACUGUCGAAUUGGUUUUGACCGCAGAACAAGCAUCUUCAAACGAGUGAAACAGGCAUUUUACCACUUUACUAAUUUUUUACCAUAGAACAAGUAUCUUAUCGUCAAAUUUUUUUGUUUACCAAAGAAAAUGUUUACAAGAGAAUAAAAUCUUAUCAAAGAAUGUUAGACAUUGCCAGAGAAACCGGUUUAUGACUGAUUCGCCAUUUAUUAGGUGUUUCUUGUUAAGAAAAAACUGUUGUUAUUCGUAUUCGUUAUUCGUAGAAUCUCUGUUAAGGGAAUUUGCUUGGUUUCUGACAUUUUUAUAAUAUGUCAUUUUAGAGAGUGAUUUAUCUUCUAUCUCUGAUUUUUUGAGAUUAUCUCUUUUUCGCAAAAGUUUCAUAAGCUCAAUAGAAACCAAGCUUCAGGAUUUUUCUGAAACUUUUAUUUUGUCAAAAUUUUAACUUCAGUUAUAAAACAUGCUUGUCAAUCAAACUGUAAAGUAGAGAAGACCAUUUAAGAAAAUCACCAGCUUCGUCGACAUUCAUAAACAAAAUGAGAGUUCAUCAACUUCGAAGUAGGUCAAUGCAAUCUGUUCCCCAUUCAACAUGUAUCUUCCUGCUGCAAUUUUUGUCACCUCGCCAUGAGACCGAGGUUUGUGACCAAGGACCAAGUAUCUUACCGCUGAACCGUUGUGUCCCCAGAUAAAAAUCUUAACGCAAAGCCUGUAUAUGACCAAAUAACCAAUAGACCGUUUUGUCACCAUAGAGACAAAAUUUCUACAGUUGUGAGUUUUAAUUAAGAGUUCAACAAUUUAUCUCCAUAACGUUUGUUUACCUUUGGGGCACAGAAUACAACAGCUGUAUAAAAUCAAUCGAAGAAAUACUUGGAUGGAUGGAUGUAAUUUGAUAGAUUUUUGAUAAACAUAUUUCUUUCAGAAAAACCGAUAUCUUUCUUUAUAAGAAAAAUUACUAAUGGCUCUCGAUGAUUUAGCAUCUUUUCUAGUACAGUGUUAAAAUUCUAAGAAACUUUGUAAAUUUCUUUUUUGCUUAUCAUCCUAGCAAUUUCAAAGUUCAACACCAUCUUUACAAAUUUCGUGUCCAGUAGAACCAUUAAAAAAAGUUCGAAUUAGAAAUAUUGUUUCCGAUUUCUUGAAUAUGUAAUUUAUGCUAUGAAAGUUUUAUCAUAUUUAAAUAAAUUUGCAUUGAUUAUUAGAUAUAUUGUCAUAAUAUGGAUUAUAUUGUUAUUAAUAGCCUGGCUAGCAUUAAGCGAAAAUCAUGAACAUUAUUGUCAAAACUUAUUUAAUUUUAGUUAUUUCAUGAGACAAGCCAGUAAGUUUGAAUCUAAAAAUCACGCACAACUUCAAAAUUAAUUUUGUUCUUUCUUGAUAAAAAACAAUUAAAAAAUUGUUACUAGCAAAACAUCGAAAAAAUCAGGAGCUCUUUAAAGCUAGAUCCUUGCUUUGUUUUUAUAACAAAAAAACAUCCGGAUUUGGUUUAAAGUUUGAUUUUAUUUUUCUGAAAGCAACUGUUUCUUUUGGAAAUAUUAUUAAGCCUUUCACAUAUUUAGUGCUAAUCUUUUAAAUAUAUUCUGAAGCAGCUACAUUUUGCCUGCUGAAGAAUAUAAUACACGUUCGCAUUAAUCAGAAAUUACUCCAUUAAUCUUAAAUCGAAUGUUACUAGGUCCUUUUAUUGUAUCCAUCUUUAUCGUCGAAAUUUUACGUAUAAAAGCACUGAAUUUCCUAUAUUUAGCCUUUACGAAGCAUUAAAGGUCAAAAGAUGUUUAAAUUAUAAUUAUGCGACUUUACCUUGGGUUAUAACAGCUUAUUUCUAACCGUUUUUCAUAUCUUGCAAAGGUCCUUCAGUUAAAACACCAAAGAACAAAGACAAAGAGCAGAUGUAUGAUAUUCGAGGUUUUCAUUCAGGCUACCCUGUUAGAAAUUUGCUAAAUUACUGACCGUUUCACUUAUCAAUUUUUUUCUCCUCGGCGUCGAGGUUUACUUCUCCGAAUCAUCUUUACUCGCCUGAGAAAACACCUUGAAUACAACUUCUCAAUAAUUUUGAAAACCAGCUGCAAGAAGGAUCUUAACUUUUGCUUAUUUUCUUUCAUUGUCACAUUCUUACCGACUUAGUCGCUAGGAGAAAGUCAUUUUUCUCUCUUUUCUAGGUUUAGAGGAUCAGCAUGACUUCAGUCGAUUUCUGCCUUCCUUUAUUAAAUCUCCGUCCACAAACAUCGCAUUUUCCACCUUUUCCCAGUAUUAUAAAUCCGUGUACAGACAGUUAAGCGUAUGUGGCUGAAUAUUUCGCUCCGAAAGCUUUGAUUUUCUGUUAAAGCGAGAGCGAUUGUAUUGGGAAAUUAUCCGCCAUUCGGCAGUUACUUGUGAUCUUGUUUUUGUAUGGGUGACGUAGAGUAAUUGAAAAGCCUCGUGUUGGUUGUGAAAGACACUUCUCCCUUAAUCCCCUAUGAAGUCGACAUUGCUGACCAAACGAAUUAUUGUUAUAUAGGACAGCUGUUAGUACAAUUUGAACAUAUUAAGACGAAUUAAAAUUGAGUGGCCGAAUGACUUUCAAAUGAUUUUUUAAGUAAGAGGGCCGUGGUCAGUAGUGUCCAUUGAUCUUCAGUUGAUAGAGGUUGGGGCAUACCGCAGGAUAAGACGCCUCUUAGAGUGACAGACGCAUAAACAUGAUGGAUGAGGUGAAUUCCCAGAGAAGCAAAGAGACGAUCAAACUACUGGACUUCGCUAAGUCAGUCACUGAAAACAUCAAAUGCGCCCUCGAGAAAACAAAUAAGGCAAGCAAAAAGAAGGCAAAUCACAAAAAAUACAUUCAAAGAAAAUGUUUUACAAAACCUGGUAUGACCAGGAAACCAAGCAGACGAAUCUCUCGAAGGAUUCUAAAGGGUGAAACGACCGUGCCUCUUACCAGCGAUGAAGGCUCGACAUUUCUUGAGGAAGAGAAAAACUUUCAGGCAAUGUUAGAUAGGGAAUCAGAACUAUUCUAUGCGUCCUACCUAUACAUGAAAGAAAAUAAUAAUUUUUCUGGACAUCUAGACUAUCUAAGUUACACGACAGAACAAGAUUCAAUGCCACAGUAUUCGAAUUCACACCAUCAUGUAGACAUACCACAGUUGCAAUCCAUGGAGCAUCCAGCAUAUCGCACGUGGCCCUCUACGUAUGAAGGACAGUAUCCCCCAAAACUGAAGCAUUUCGAUUACGAACAAAUCUGGAUGAGCCAGCAAAGAAACCGCUCAGCCUUGCCCGACAAUGCUUUCCUGACCAUGCUGUAUAACGAAAGUUGUCCGGACUUUUGUAACCAAUCGGAAUGGCAAAAGAUGCCAAGUGAAAUGUACUUAGGAGAUAUGUAUCAUAGCAGAGAAAUACCGCUUUUAAUGAAUGCAAUGACAAUGUCCCAAUAAGAUAUUAACAGAAGAACUGACAUAAUGACUGUGGAUUUUCUUAACUAGAGGAGAUGGGACUUUUACUAUAUGAACUUCUGAAAUCCAAGGAUACUUGACCAGUAGAAAAGACGAUACAAACCAGACGAAAUAAAUGUUGGAAGAGUUUGUCCUUGUAUGGAAGAUCAUCUAACUUUAUAAAAACCUCUUGCACUGCAUAACCAUUUAUAGUAUUGGUCAUAUUUUUUCUGUAAACAAAUAUCAUUUCCAUGAAAUGCAAUAUGAUUUGAUAUUUUUAGGACGGGGUAAAACUGGUUCCUAACAUGAAAGAUUCAAAGCUGAAACAUUGUGUCAUUUGUUCUAGAGUUACAGCUUCUACGACAGCUUAAAAGCAAGUAAAAAACAAAUGAUCAAAGAUCAGG